AUGGCCCAGCAAUCACCCCCAGUCAGAAUUGUGGAAGUAGGACCACGCGAUGGACUACAGAACAUACGUGAUUCAGUCCCAACUCAAACGAAAUUGGAAUUGAUUCGACGACUUCAAGCGACAGGUCUCUCUACUAUUGAGUUGACAUCUGUUGUGUCGCCGCGCGCCAUUCCUCAACUGAAAGACUGUCGGGAGGUGCUCCGGGAUGAGGAGUUGAAGAAAUUUCUACAAAAUCCACGACUCCGAUUACCUGUCCUUGUUCCUAAUGAGAAGGGUCUAAAGAUUGCUAUUGAGCAUGGCGUUCGAGAGGUCGCUGUGUUCGUCAGUGCGACCGAGGGAUUCAGUAAAGCCAACAUCAACUGUACCGUGCAAGAAGGGAUUGAAAGAGCGAAGCGAGUGGCUGCAUUAGCCUUAGCUACGAAAGAAGCCGGUGAAUCCCAGAUUGCAGUGCGUGGCUACGUCUCCUGCAUCUUCGCAGAUCCAUUCGACGGCCAAACGCCACAUUCCGCAGUGCUCCAUUGUGUACAGGAAUUACUUCAAGCAGGCUGCUACGAGAUAAGCCUGGGCGAUACCCUCGGCGUGGGAUCCCCGUCCAACGUGCACAGUCUACUCGCCUACCUGAAAGAUAACAAUAUCCCUCUCUCCAAACUGGCUGGGCAUUUCCAUGACACUUAUGGACAAGCUGUCGCCAAUGUCUGGGAGGCGUAUACCUGCGGUCUUACCGUCUUCGACAGCAGUGUUGCGGGACUAGGCGGGUGUCCAUUUGCGCCUGGUGCUAAGGGCAAUGUCGCAACGGAAGAUUUGGUGUACAUGUUCAAUAAUGCUGGCAUCUCUACGGGUGUUGAUUUAGCCCGGUUGACUGAGGUGGGGACUUGGAUAUCGAAGCAACUGUCGAUAACUAAUUCGAGUCGGGUGGGCACGGCUCUAAUGAUUAAGAGCAGCGCCAAGCUUGUUUCUGGCUCUUCCAAGUCGCAGCACACCAAGCCUCUUCAGUGGACUUUGAUCUCCGAAACGGAUGGGUUGUUAAUUCAUCGCUCGGGCGUCAAUCUCAAGAUCACCCUUGACAGGCCAAAGAACGGCAACGCAUUGACAGCCACGAUGAUCUCCGAUAUCACUAAAGCCGUGACAGACGCCAAUUACGAUGCAGAAAUAUCUCGGAUCGUCAUCACGGCGAAUGGCAAGUUCUUCUGCACAGGUAUGGAUCUGGGCAAAGAUAGUACGCCUGUUGCGCGAGGUGGAUCGGCUAGCGAUGCGCAGUAUGCAAGAUUAACUACGCUAUUCGAGGCCAUCGAUACUUCGCCGAAGGUGACAAUUGCUACCAUCAACGGGCCUGCGUUUGGUGGAGGAGUCGGUCUGGCUUUUGCUUGUGAUAUUCGUAUCGCCACAAACUCGACAGUCAUGACUCUGAGCGAGGUGAAGUUGGGUCUCUGUCCAGCGACUAUCUCUAAAUAUGUCAUCAGGGAAUAUGGGCUAUCGUUUGCGAGGGAGGUGAUGUUGUCUGCGAGGCCAGUUAAAGCAUCCGAGUUAAUGACUCGGGGGAUCAUAACCGAUGUUGUGGGAAAUAUAGAGCAGUUGAAUUUGAGGUUGGAUGCGCUGCUAGACGCAUUGAGGAUUGCGUCUCCCAAUGCGUCACGCAUGUCGAAGGAACUUAUUCGGCUUGCUUGGAAGGAUGGUGGAGGUGAAAAGCAAGCUGCGGGGAUCAAAACACUCUUCGACGAGAUGAUGCGGUCCGAUGCUGAUGGUGCACAUGGUUUGAGGGAGUUCGGCUUGAAGCGAAAGGUGGAUUGGGACGCACAUACUCUGCAACAAGGAAAGUCGAAGCUUUAG